UGCCUAUGCUGCUGGCAGCCCCCCUCCCUCCCGCAGCAUACUGGGCAGUGCCCCUCUCCCCAGGUGCAGUGCUAGCUCACAACUGGUCAGAUAUGCUCAAGUUCAAACUCAAGCUCAAGACAGUAACAACAGAGCUGAAGAAUGCGCCACCAUUGCCCACGUCAAACAGAAGAAAUAAGAAGACUUACAACGAGAAGCAGUGUACAAAGAAAGAAAUGGACCGAGCCAGAGAGAAAAUGAGGUAAAACUUCUGAGGGUCAUUUCAGCGGUGGAGGGAGCAGCAAGUUUCUAAGGACUCAAAGGCAACGCAGAGUUAGCGGCUUUUCUGCUGGACAGGGUCAGAGGUCAGACACAUUACAGCAGCAGCCCUGGAGGAGGCGAGAUAUCCACUGAAAGCAGCAUGCGAACCAGCUAGCCCCCGCCCGUCCCAGCUCUUGUGCUAAUGCUGUAAACACCAACGCCAGUGGUCCCAGCUCCCAGUCAGGUCUGCCAGCUGCACAGUCAACUGAGCUAACAAGCUAACGGUCCAGGCUCUCUGCAGUAAUAAUACAUGAAGGGCUCCUCUCCCUCAUCCAUUAAUCAGGAGGGAGGCUGAGGGUUUGCCUGCUUCCAUCAUUCUAUCUAAGAACAAUCUCAGAAUCCAUCAGCUGACGAUGAUGAUGACGAUAAUGAAUCAACUUCUGGGGGCAACAGGCCAACAUUUCGGGGCUUCCGAUGUAGCCAGCAGAUAUCCGGAUAACGGUUAACUGGCCCAAUACCUCUGUUCAUGUCGAUGAAAAACAACGAAUGAAUGAAACUACCCAAGACGCAAUAAAAGUCCACAACCCAGAGGGCGGGGCUUCAGCUGCUGCGUCAUCUUAUCAGGAAGAAACGCGGCAGUUGAAGUCGAGCCGAGUCGCGAGGUUCCAUGCUGGAUGAAUUUCAAACAAGGCUCUACGGUGUAUAUCUAACAAUCAGUGUCUGUUUAUCAGGUUAUUAUGCCUGAUGAAAUGGCGAGUCCUUUAAUCCGAGGCAGAGGUGAAAGAGGAGGCUCCAGAUGUCUUGAAGCCUCCAUGUCCGACCCUGGCGCUCCGGUCGUUGGCAUCCUGGGCACGGGCGACUUCUCCCGCUCGCUGGCGAGACGGCUGGUGGCCUCCGGCUACCAGGUGGUGGUGGGGAGUCGAACCCCCAAACGCGCCGCAGCUCUGUUCCCCGAAGAGGCCGAGGUGACAUCCCAGAUGGAGGCAGCUAGCCAGGCGGACCUGGUCUUUGUCGCUGUGUUCCCUGAGCACCACUCGACGCUGGUGGAGCUGAAGCCGACACUAGCUGGAAAGACACUGGUGGAUGUCAGCAAUGGUCUGAGAAUCAACCUCGAUGGGCCUUCGAAUGCCGAACUGCUGGCAGACCUGUUUCCAGAAAGUAGCAUAGUGAAAGGGUUUAACACCAUAUCAGCCUGGUCACUGCAGAUGGGACCUCGGGAUGGAAGCAGGCAGGUUUUCCUGUGCAGUGACAGCAGCAAGGCCAAGAGCUCAGUGAUGCAGCUCUGUCGUAGAAUGGGCUUCAUCCCCGUCGAUAUGGGGCUCCUCUCCGCUUCUCUGGAGAUCGAAAACCUCCCCCUCUAUCUAUUCCCCUCCUGGCGUAUCCCAGUCCUGUGCACUGUCGCCCUGUUCAUCCUCUUCUACCUGUACAACUUCCUACGCGACGUCCUGCAGCCCUUCGUCACAGCAGGGAAGAGUGUUUUCUACAAAAUGCCCAUUGAGACAGUUAACGUCACUCUACCCUCAGUAGCCUUGGUGAUGUUUUCACUGGUCUAUGUACCUGGUCUGUGCGCUGCUUUCCUCCAGCUGUGGUGGGGCACCAAGUACAACCGCUUCCCUAAGUGGCUGGACGGGUGGCUAACCAGGAGGAAGCAGUUUGGGCUGUGUAGCUUCCUUUGUGCCGUUCUGCAUGCCGUCUACAGUAUGUGUCUUCCCUUGAGGAAGUCUUUCCGCUACAAACUGCUCAACCUUGCUGUCAAACAGGUGAAGGACAGGGUGGAGGACUCAUGGGACAAUGCCGAGGCGUGGAGGAUGGAGCUGUACAUCUCAGUGGGCAUCAUGGCCCUUGGGUUGCUCUCUCUGCUGGCUGUCACUUCGCUGCCCUCAGUGGCCAACAAUGUCAACUGGAGGGAGUUCAGCUUCAUACAGUCCACACUAGGUUACUGUGCCUUGUCCAUGGCCACCCUCCACACUCUCCUCUAUGGCUGGGACCGCGCCUUCGAUCCAGCCCAGUACCGCUUCAACCUGCCUCCCACCUUCAUACUGGUCCUGAUCCUCCCCAUCACGGUUCUGCUGGGCCGCCUGGCUCUCCUGGUGCCCUGCGUGGCCAUGCGGCUCAGGAAGAUCCGCCGCGGCUGGGAGAAGAGCCGGCACAUCCGCUUCACGCUGCCGGACAACGGCAGCCACAACGGGCUGGAGGAUGUCAGCCAUGUGUGAGAAAAGGCACAGAAAAGGUGUAGAAGAAGAGCUCCUUUCUUGUCUGUGCGGUCAUGAAGAUAACGCCAGACAGCCACACUCGCACAGAGGAUAAAUGAUUUAUACACUCUUUGAAUGUACUGAUGGUUCAUCUCCAAGGCUCGCUGAGAGAUUUUGAACAAAUUAGCUGGUAGUUCUUCAGAGAUAUUUAUGGUAGUCGAUUAGUCGAUAGUCAUAAUGCACUAUGCAUCGUUAGUAAAGAGUAUGUAGUUGGUAGCUUUUGAUUUUUACUUUAAUUUAUUGUUAAGUGUUAUUACUCUGUUUGAAGCUUAAACCAAGUACUGAACAAUAUUAGCUUCUGGUUUAAUUGAUGCAAACCAGUCUCUGUUAGACUUCAAAAUGAACCUGCUGAAGACGUCAAGACUAAAACUGAAGCAGCACAACUGGGUUUUGAAUGUUCAGUACUUUUUGAAAUAAGAUUUCUUCACUCUAAUCUUCAGAAGUAGACUUCCUCUUGGCCUUUGCAUUCCGUUUUCUUCUGCAUGCACUUGAAGACUGCAGCCAAUUUUUGUCAGCCAGCCUUCACCAGAGCCUAUCCUUGUAUUUUGUCCAUGUGUUACAGACAUAGUUUCAUGUUAUUUAUAUUUGUUAUGAGGUUUUUCACUAAUGUGACAUCAGUGUUUUCCUCUAUUUCGACAUUUUAUUUUAACAAUACUUUGAAAAGUGGAUAUGCUGUCAAAUUAUUGAUGCAGGAAGAUGGGUUUCUCUCUUUUAAAAAUCCUAAAAUUAUUAAUAUCUUUUCUGAAGGAAAACAACUUUAUUAUACAUUAUCAAAUUUGAUAACAAGUAAUAACUUGGACACAAAGAACUUAGGAUGAUAUAUCCAGAUUUAACCAUUGUACGUUUACCACAAUUAUGCUAUUUAGACGGGAAUGCAACCCAGUAUUAGCAAAGAUAAAUUUAUUAGAAAAUACAUUUAUUUAACACAACACUGAUAAUAGUUUACCCAUGGUUCCUUGUGCAGCCAUGCCAGCAAGCUAACAGCAAACUAGUCUAGUCCAACUGCACAUGAUUGAAACAUAACGUUUAGGGACAUGGUGGAUCUUACUUCCCUGUUUCUUCAUACACGUCCCCCCCACUAAUAAUUUCCCGACAGUCGCUUCCCCAUUGUGGUGUUUUUGAACUCCAACAUGUCAACUGGAUACUGCUGCUGCUGUGGCUGCCGCACUCAGCAGACAUGUUGGUUUGCAUUGUGUAGCAGACAAUAGAAGUAUUUACACAAUUGAAAAAAAAAACACUGGUGUUUUUCCUUUUAUUGGUUACUAUAUUUUUUGUGGUGUACAAAAAUGGCCUGCUGAUAAGCACUCAUUAGUACAUAUCUGAUUUAAAAAGAUAAGAAUAGAUAAGCCUGAACUUUCUGUAUUCAUUAUGAUCAAACACCAGUUUGCUGCAUUUUUGUGUUUCGUUAUGAGUUUGCAUUCUCUGAGAUUUAUGUGUUCUUACCAAAGAUGAUUAUCUGUAAGCUGAUCAAUGAUUUUCAGUCUAUAUUUAAAUGUUCAUAGUAUGGAAAAUCUCCAACAACAAACGCAUCAUUGUAUUGAUUUCAAAUUGAAAUUUCUAGAACAUUGAAUAAAUCACUUUUCUACUGCC